CCCAGGGCCGGGUCAAGCGCCCGGCAGCCCGAGGCCGGCGUGGACUCUGCCCCUGGCCGGGCUGCUCCGCGCGCUGGCAUGGAGCGCAUCGAGGGGGCGGCGGUGGGCCGCUGCGCAGCCUCGCCCUACCUGCGGCCGCUCACGCUGCACUACCGCCAGAAUGGCACUCAGAAGUCAUGGGACUUCAUGAAGACACAUGACAGUGUGGCCAUUAUCAUGUUCAACUCUUCCCAGCAGAGCCUGGUGUUGGUGAAGCAGUUCCGGCCAGCUGUGUAUGUGGGCGAGGUGGAGCGCCACUUCCCAGGGUCCCUGGCAGCGGUGGACCACGACGGAGCCCGGGAGCUGCCUGUGGCUCUGCCUGGCUCAGCGGGGGUCACGUAUGAGCUGUGUGCGGGCCUCGUGGACCAGCCUGGGCUGUCGCUGGAGGAAGUGGCCUGCGCAGAGGCUUGGGAGGAGUGCGGCUACCGCCUGUCUCCCUCCGAGCUGCGCCGGGUCGCCACCUACAAGACGAGACGUUAGGGUGAAGCCUGCCCACGUGCUGCCCCUUGGAUGCCCUCACAGGUCCCUGAGCCUGGUAAAACGUGGGAGCAGGAGGACAGCCCCCUGCACGGCACUGAGCAUGGCGCCCCGCAGCCUUCUUUCCAGGGGCAGGUGCCUGUGCCCUCGGGGAGGGGGCCGGUGGGGAGCUCUGCUUCGCAGCCUGGUGCAGGGGGGUCUCUCAGUGCUGGGUCCAGGCCCUGUGCCUCAGCUGCCCAAGGGCUUUGUCAGGGUAGCUCCCUGGGCUGGGGGCUGGGGGGCUGGGGCCGAUCUCCAGGCCAAGGAAGGGACGGAGCCAGGGCUUGGAGCCCCCACGUGUGCCACUGGCUGCCAAGUGGUUGAGCUUGGUGGUCUGAGGGCCAGGCCUGCUGUCCACAGGUAUCCUUGCUGCUGGUGGCCAGAGCACGGGGCUGGUGGGGUGGGGGACCCGUGGAGGAGCGGCUUUCCCCCGCCUUUCCUCAAGCAGGGUCUCGAGGCUCUAGCCUGAUCUCAAGGGUGCUGGGGAGCCCAGGAGGACUCUGGGCAGCAAACAGCCUGGGAAGACUUGCAUUUUGCAGACAAGGUGUGCCUGUGGGAGGUAGGGCUGAAGGGGCUGGAGUAGAGGUCGGGGCAGGCGUCCCUGGGGGCAGGACAGACAGCAGAUGCUUCCUCUCGGAGCCAAGGAGAGCCGGGGGCUCCCCUGCCCGUCACAGGGGACAAGGCCCAGGCAUUCCUCCGUGAUCGCCCAGUGGAGGGCGGGGCUGGGUGUGUUCUUCUUGCCCCGGGUCGGCGUCUGUACCGGUCUCCUGCACGGGCCGGCGGAAGCUGUGCCUGGAAGCCCCACAGACUGGUGCUUCCGUCAAAGGUGCAGGCCGCAGCCCCUGCCGGAAACCGGCCAUCAGGAGGGACCGUGUCAGCGGGUGAGGCCCGACUGGUUGGGGUGCCCCCUCCUGGGCAGGGGGGCGCAGAAGCCCCCCUGCGUGCUGGGCCGCCAGCGGGAGCAGCCCCCACCCUGCAGGUCUCUGGGCGGCCUCAGACACCCUCGGGUC